AUGAGCGCAGACUCUGAGUCCGACGCCGCCCUCGACUGGCUCCUCUCUAUUGCCGCAACCUGCACGAGCUCGCCGAUACCGACGACGUCUUCGUCGCCUGCAGACUUUACGGAUUGGCUGCACAUCUCACCAUCAGCAGCGUCGACGUCCGACCCGUCUUCGCCACUGCUCGAUGUUUCUUCGUCGACACGCGUCAAUGUGCCGUCAAGUGACGAUGGGCUUGGAUAUCGCUACAUCUACAACCUACACAACCUACGCGACGGAGGACCCGCACCGACACCCGCCAACACUGGCAGCAACGCCUCUUCAGCAGUACAGAUGGACGUUCAGGUUCCUGGGAUCUUCAACCAACACCAUCGGAUGCUCUCGCUUGAGUCAAAUAGCGCAACACUCAUAAAUACGCCCUCUCCUCGCACUUUUGAACUCUUCUCUCCCGCUAAACAUGGCCUACAUCGACCAACUCUGGGAUCUCUCUCGCCUGUCUCUCUCUUCGCUUCACCAGCUUCGCAGCUUAUUCAGGACCUUCAGAAGAGCCCUUUCGGACAACUCUACUACGACCCUGCAGCACCUUCGCUGGCUGCACAUGUCUCGGAUUUCUCGCCUGUCGUUCGUGCAGAUAAGAUGCAGGAGUAUCUCGAACCUGUGGAAGCACCAGCACCGAAAACCAAGAAGAGAAAGAGAAGAACUGGCCACCCUCAGUUGGCGACAUCUUUUAUGGAAAGGCUUCACGCUGCUCCUACUUCUGUGCAAGCAGACACAGCUUCAGCUCGAACUCAAAAGCCUAUUGCAGAAGCGUCGGAACAAACGACAAACGUUGCUUCCCUUGCUCUCCUUUCUCCUUGCAAACUUGCCCCUGCACGCUCUCCUCGGUUUCAACUAGAGAAACCUUUUACUGCCGACGCUCAAACUACUCUGAUAUCUCAAGGCGCUCCUCCAUUACCUCUGCUUGUGCCAUCCGCUAGUCUCUCAGCACGCUCUUUGUUUGAUUCUCCGCUAACACCCCUUACACCACUGACAAGUUCACCUGCCGUUUCACCUGCUCCUGCUCCUGCCCUGCUCAAAAUCACUCUUAAGAUUAAACGCCCAGCCGUCGAUCCAGUACCCACCACUCCUGUUCGGCGAAGCAAGCGAUCUCGCAGAGCGACUAUCAUCGAGUCGUCUCCCGUCGAGAGCGAGCCGUCCGAACGGGCUGCUUCGCCAGAACCAGGGACAGAGUCGACCCCUGUGUUCACCAACCGGACUCUUCCUGCAAGCAUCGAAAUUUCGCCGAACUUCCCGUUGUUCUACCGGCGCUUCCCAAUGAGCGCGUCCUACCAAGCUCCAGACGCCGAUUCUCCUUAUAGCCUCUGCAACGUUGCACCUCCUGGAGGAUCGUACAACCCUCCUCGCAGCGUGUUGGACCUAUACACACCACGCUUUGUCAAAGGCAAGGGUGUUGAGAAAGUCGGCCUAUGCCCGAUCUGCGUCGAACCUCUCUCACGAGGCGGCGAAAACAAGAAGCUCUGGUUUGCAAUGAAAUUCUCAGCUUUUAACUACCACAUGCAGUACGCCCAUGGUAUAUCAGCCGCAACCGGCCGACCUUUCUCUCCUCCUACCAUGUUCCGAACUGUCCGGCGCCCAAACCCUGGCAAGAAGGAACGCCACCAGAUCCAGCAAGGCAAAUGCCACAAAUGUGACAAAUGGAUUGCUGUUGAAGGUAUCAAGGAUAUGGAGAACAAGGUCAAAGAAUUGCACUGGUGGAAGCAUGCUGCCACCUGCCACCACGAAUCGACUAUAGAAGGCGUCGGCGAUUAUUAUGAGGAAGACGAAGUCUACAUCAAGCUCACGAACCUGGCAGAUCCGGCAUCUCCUUGA